AUGCCAGUCAAGUUCCAAGUCGACGUUCCUAUCGAAGAGCUCCAAGCCCCAGAGAUCGGACAUGGCGGCUACCAAGGCCUCAAUCCUCGCUCUGAAAUCCUGCCCAAAGGCCACCAAACCGAACCAGGCAGACGGGCUCUACCGUGCGCCAUCCAGGUAGACCAUGACGUCGCGAUCGUAGUACGCGAUGGGUGCACUUUGUACGCCGACAUCUACCGUCCACCAAACCCAAGCCCGCCCGUCCCCGCAAUCAUCUGCUGGAGCCCCUUCGGCAAGAAAUUCAACGGCAUCGACUCGCUGCGUCUCAUGACACCAUGGAACCUCGGUAUCCCAGACGGAACCCUGAGCGGGCUGGAGAAAUUCGAAGCGCCCGAUCCCGCGGAGUACGUACAGCACGGAUACGCCAUUGUCAACGUCGACUCACGCGGGGCCUUCGACUCGGAAGGAACCAUGGCGAUCAUGGGGACGCAAGAAGCCCAGGACGGAUACGACGUGAUCGAAUGGAUUGCUCAACAAAACUGGUGCAGCUGCAGCGUGGGACUGGCCGGGAACUCCCAUCUCGCGAUUAUCCAGUGGUUCAUUGCGGCGCUGCAGCCACCAUCGCUGAAAGCCAUUGCGCCCUGGGAAGGGUGCGGCGACUUAUACCGCGAGCAGUUCGCGCGCGGCGGCAUCUACGGCGGAGACCUAUUCGACCGGCUCAUUGUGAAAUACAUGCUGCGCGGGGGCCGCGGGAUGGAGAGUUUCCGGAAGAUGUUCGCGCAGCACCCGCUGGCCUGCGACUGGUGGAAUGACAAGCGGCCCGACAUGAAGAAGAUCACGAUCCCGACGUACAUCACAGGGACAUGGACGAACACGAUGCACGGGAUGGGCGCGAUCAGGGGGUGGCUGGAGGUGCAGACGGAGCAGAAGUGGCUGCGGUGGCACCCGUACCAGGAGUGGUUUGACCUGUGGGGGAAUGCGCAGGCGAAUGUCGAGCUGAAGGCGUUCUUCGAUCGGUAUUUGAAGGGGAUCGAGAAUGGGUGGGAGGAUACGCCGCGGGUGAGGAUGGCGGUGCUGAAGUACGGCGAGAGCCAGCCGCUGGCGAAUAUCGUUGAGGCUGACUUUCCCCUGCCGCGGACUGUCUAUCGGAAGGCGUAUCUGGACGCAAAGGGUGGAUUGCUGCUUGACACACCGGCUUCCACGUCCGGUACGCUGUCGUAUAACUCGGAGAACCCCUCGGACAUGGCCACGUUCACCUACACCUUCCCAGAGCGCACGCAGCUAGUCGGUAUCCCCAAAGCGGUGCUGUAUAUGCGCUGCGACGAGCACGACGACAUGGACGUUUUCGUCGUCCUAAGCAAGCUCUCUGCAUCCGGAGAAAUGAUGCUGAACCUUAACAUCCCCUGGAAAGGGCUGCCCGUGUCAUCCAUCGAGGAGAUCCCAGACGACAAGCGCACAGAGGUCAUCCUCUACCAAGGCCCAACCGGCAUCCUUCGAGCCUCAAACCGGGAGAUCGACGUCAGUAAAUCGAUGCACGAUAACUGGCCGUUCUACCCACACGAGCGGGAACAAAAGGUCCCACCUGGCACGGUUGUUCGGCUGGAGAUCGGGAUCUGGGGAAUGGGAGUGGAGUACGAAGCCGGCGAGAGCCUGCAGCUACGGAUCGCAGGACACUACCAGGGGAUCUCGAACUUUGGGACAUCGGAUCAUGUCCGAAAUAAAGGGAGACAUUGGGUCCAUGCAGGUGGGGACUAUGACAGUCACUUGGUGCUACCGUUUGUUUAG